AGCGAUUCAAACAUUGAGAAAGGGAGACUAUAGAAAUGGCGGAAAAAUCUUUUCAUCCGGUGGAUUAUGUUGUAUUUGGUUUGAUGCUGUUAAUAUCCGCGGGUAUUGGUAUCUACCAUGGCUGUACUGGGGGUAAACAACGUACAACCAGUGAAUAUUUGCUGGGCAACCGUAACAUGAAUACUUUGCCCAUUGCUAUAUCACUACUAGUCACGUUUCUCUCCGCAAUAACGUUACUUGGCGUUCCUAGCGAGAUCUUUACAUACGGAGCGCAAUACAUGGUUGUGCUCUUUUCUUACUUUCUUCUAACGGCGACUGCUGCUAUCAUUUUUGUUCCAAUUUUCCAUGGAUUGCGUUUGACCAGUGUUCACGAGUACCUUGAAUUAAGGUUUGGUCAUGGAGUGAGAACACUUGGUUUCAUAUUAUUUCUUGUACAUUACAUGCUGUAUCUUUCCGUGGCCUUAUAUGCUCCAUCAUUAGCCCUUCAGGCAGUUGCUGGGGUACCUCUUGUGGUUUCGAUCAUUUCAACAGGCGUCGUUUGUACGUUCUACACAGCAUUGGGCGGCCUGAAAGCUGUGAUUUGGACGGAUGUAUUUCAAUCAAUUGUGAUGGUUGGUGGUCUUAUAACCAUAUUUGUUGUUGGAACAAUCAAUGUUGGGGGAUUUGACCAAGUUUGGAAGAUCAACAAGGAGAGAGGAAGGCUAACAUUUUUCGAUUUCAAUCCAGACCCAACAAUUCGGAACACAUUCUGGACAUUAGCAAUUGGUGGUACAUUUACCGUAAUACUUCCAUGGACUGUUAGUCAAACCGCUGCCCAGAGAUUUUUGGCAUCAAAAGAUGUAAAGACUGCACAAAGAGCUUUAUGGCUGAACAUUCCUGGUCUCAUUUUUAUUAUAACUUUCUGCUGUCUGGACGGUCUCGUGAUUUUUGCUGUGUAUGCUGAUUGUGAUCUCAAGAAAGCUGGACAUAUUACCAACAAUGACCAGGUUUUACCUUAUUUUGUGAUUGACAAACUGGGUCACUUAAAAGGAGUACCUGGACUUUUCAUGGCUUGUCUAUUCAGUGGAGCUUUGAGUUCGAUCUCUUCAGGUCUUAAUUCAUUAAUCGCAGUCACUUUGGAAGACGUAGUCAAGAAAAGAUGGACAAGUCUAUCAGAUUAUGAAGCAACAAUUUUGUCGAAACUGUUAGCUGUGGUGUAUGGUAUUAUUGUGAUAUGUGGGGCUUUCGCUGUAGAAUUCGUUGGUACAUUGGUUUUACAGCUCGCGUACACUAUAUCUGGUCUAAUUGGUGGUCCUUUGGCUGGAAUUUUCUUCCUGGGAGUUUUGCUACCAAGAGCAAAUUAUAAAGGUGCCUAUGUUGGAGCUUUGGUUGGUUUCUCAAUGUCAGUAACUAUUGCAAUAAGUAGCAUACUUUACCCCCCUGACAAAAUGGCUGCUAGUAUCUCUAUCAAGAAAUGCGAUUUCUUCAAUGCUACCAGCUACGCAAAUAUAACUGGUGACGGAAUCAUAUCGAGGAACUUCAUACCCCACAGUGAACCUUUCGCAAAGCUUGGCAGGCUGUCAUACCUUUGGUAUAGUGCUACUGCCCUUGCUGCAACAUUUGUUGUAGGAGCUAUAGUUAGCUUAAUAUGUGAAACAAAGAGUGAUCGUCAGUCCCGACCUGGUCCCGAACUUCUGUUCAGCAUUCCAGACUUUUUUCGAUCAUUGAUAUGUUGCGGUAAAGACAACUGGAACGUGGCCAGAGAUUCCUCAUCUCAUCGCCGUCCUCGUGAAGAAAAGCGUUUUAUCGUAACCGCAAAAGGUGAAGAUCUGGAGAUGGACAAGUUAAAUUAGUUGAAUUCCAAAGGCUCUGGCAAACGAAAAAAGAAACAUGCAUGUAGUAUUCUAUGUAUAGUCAUCUGUUGUAUAAUGAUGUAUAGCUAUACGUAUAUAGAAUUCGAGUCCUUUUCUCCUUGUCACUUAAUAGUUAUUAUACUUUCUCAGAAGAUAGUAUCUUUAGGGUAAUCUUUACUCCUUAGUCUAUCAAUAAAGAGUUUGGCGUACAUGAUUCACGUCACAAUUAUAUAU